GCGUUUGUUCGAACGAAAACAACAAGAAUAAAUGCAGAAAACUCGCCUUAAUAUAGAAAAAAGAAAAUUAGAAUUAUAAAAUUUAAGUAAACUACCUGAAGGAGUACGCAAUAUGUUAGAUAGACUUAAAGAAAAGGAAAACAAUCGAGAAGUUCGAAAUAAUAGAUUUUAAUAAAGUUUUUCUUUUUGUCCUAUAAAGGCUAAAUCUAUUCCCAAUUUUAAAUUUUUACAUGAAAAACUAGAAGAUGAACUUUAAUAAAAAAAAGAUAUUUUCAUUAGUACAUAAAUAAGGGAAUUUAACUUCACAUAAACACGAAAAUCAACCAAAAGAGAGUAUUUAGAUAUCCAAAAUAUAGAAAUAAAGAAAUAAAAGGAAAAAAAAAUUGAAAGAGAAAAAAAUCUGAAAAAAAUACUUGAAUAAAAAGUCAAAAUCAUGCCUUCUUCCACUAGAAAAUUCGAGGCGAUGGUAAAAUAAAGAAAAUUAUAGGAAGAAAUUUCCUAAUAUGAAAAAUUGGAAAAUGAAAAAAGAGAAAUCGACAAAUAAUUAAGAAGAGAAAAAUUCGCAGAAUUCGUCAGAAGUUGUAUUUAAAAUGCUAAUUAAUCCCAAUAUAAGGAAUAAGUCAAAUUAAUGAAAUAAUAAGAAAGAGAAUAAAGAUAAAUUAAAGUUUUAGAAUGGGAAUAAUAAUUCGAUGAAAAAAUGACUGAAAUGAUGAGGAAAGUCAUUAAAAGACCUCUUUUAAUAGAAUAAGUGUCUAAUAAAAACUGCUCCGAUGAUCGUAAUUAAAGACUUUAAAUGAUUCUUGGAGAAAGAGAGAGUAUUGAAGAAGACGCAGGUGAAAAUUUUGAUGAAUUUGAUGAAUAAUAACUAUAAGAUUAUCUAGAUCCAACUAAAUGUGAUCCUUAGACUUAUGAAGAGAGAAGGAAUUUAUAUGAAAUGUAUGUAAACUCGUAGUUUAGGGCAUAAGAGAAUGAAGAGAAUAUGUAAAAUAUUAAAGAGUAAGAUGAUGAGGAAGAUGAAGAUAAUAAAUAAAUGAAUAAUUUGGGUUAAUAAAUGUAUGAGAAAGAUAAUAAGAAAUUAGACUCUUCAAAUAAAAAAAACGGAAAGUUAUUUGAUGAUGGAAUUUAAGAUAAAGAAUUUAAAGAAUAAUAAAAAUAAUUAAAAGAAAUACAAAAAAUAUAAAACGAAAGAUAAUAAUAAUCGUUUAAUUAAUAAUAACAAUAAUAAUAAUUUGAUUAAUAAGAAGAAUAAGAACACGAAAAUCAUUAAGAAAAUGAAAAUAAUGAAUAAGAAGAGGAAGAAGAAGAAGUCUAUUAUGAUGAAUACGGAAAUAAAAUACCUCCGGAAGUAGUAUAAUAAAUGAAAGAAUAAUUCGAAUAAUAAUAAUAAGCAGGAGAUGAAGAUGGAGAAGGAGAAGAAAAUGGAGAUGAUGAAGAAAAUGUUUAGUAUGUAGAUGAAGAUGGAAAUGUUAUUCCUAUAGAAAUAGUUAGAGAAUAUUAAAAAUAAUAAAAUUAACUUUAAUAAUAAUAAGAAUCUGAAAAUAAUGAUAACGAAAAUAUGGAAAAUAUGGAAAAUAGUGAAGAAGCAGAAUAUGUUGAUGAAGAAGGAAAUGUAAUACCACCUGAAAUAGUGAAGUAAUAUAAGUAAAUGUAAAAGGAAGAAGAAGAAGAAUAAGAGAAAAAAAAACAGGAAGAAGAAGAAAAAAAAAGAAAAUAAUAAUAAUAACAAGAAGAUGAUAAAUAAAGAAAAAAAUAAGAAGAAGAUAAAUAAAGAAAAAAACAAGAAGAAGAUGAAAAAUAAAAAAAAUAGUAAGAAGAAGACGAAAAAAAAAGAAAAAAACAAGAAGAAGAUAAACAAAGAAAAAAACAAGAAGAACUAGAAGAAGAUAAAAUCAAAAAAAGAAAAUAAGAAGAACUUGAAAAAUAGCAAAAAUCUUAUAGCAAUUCAACUUCUGCUCAGAAAAAAAAAAAUUAAGAUAUAGAUUUAAAUGAAUAAUAUUACGACCAAGACGGAAAUCUCAUAUCUCCCGAAGAACUCAAAUAAUACAAAGAAAUGAUGGCUAACGGAGAAAUAGAUAUGGACGAUGCAAAUUUAGAUGAUGAAGAAGAAGAAUACGUAGAUUAAUAUGGAAAUCCGAUUCCUCCUGAAGAAGUUGCUAGAUAUAAAGAAAUGUUAGCCAGAGGAGAAAUUCCAAACGAUGAUGAGCAUGAAGAUGAAAAUAAAGACGGUGAAGAAUAAGAAGAAGAAGAAUAUGUAGAUGAGCAUGGAAAUCCUAUACCACCUGAAGAAGUAAGAAAAUAUAAGUAAAUGUAAUAAUAAGAAUAAGAAUAACAAGAGUUUGAAAAUGAAGAAGAAUAUUUAGAAUAUAUGGUUUAAAUGUAAAAAAAAUAACUAGAAGCAGAUGGUAUUAAUGUAUCAGAAAGUGAAAUAAGGGAAAAACUAAAAGAAUAAAUAAUGAAUGAUAAUUAAAAUCAAGAGAUUGAAAUUGACGAAGAAAUGGAUUAAUAAUUAGAUUAAUUAAUUGAUAGUAUGCCAAAGGAACAAUUAGAUUAAUUUGUAGAUGAAAAUGGAAAAAAACUUAACAGAGAAUAAAUUAAGUAAAUCAUUAUAAUGUAAAGUUAAUAGGAUUAGGAAGAAGAUGAUGAAGGCGAUGAAGACGAAAAUUAAUAAGAUUUUAGGUAAGGAGGUGAAUAUUAAUAAUAAAGUAAGAAUAAAAAUAAUAGUAGUUUUUGA